AUGGGGCCAAAUUUGAGCCUUUUCUAUCUUAUGAGCGCUGUGUUGCUGAGAACUCUUGCUCAACAAUCUCCAAAUUCCGAAAACUGUCCCUUUAGUUGUUUCCUUUCCACAGACAAAGAGCUUCUUUGUUCCACGUCUUCCAACGAAAGCUUCUCAGAAAAUGUGAGCUGUCAAAAUGAUUUAAUUAAUGAACGGUAUGUCAUCGGCAAUCGCAGCAGUAUUCGUCGAAUUUCUCCAGGAGGCUUGAAGGAUCUUAGAUCAUAUGGCAAAGGAGGAGUUCUGAAUAUCUUUCUUGAUAUGAAUAUUCUUGAGUUGACUCCUAUGUCUUUCACUGGUCUUGAGGAGGUUCUUGGUGACCUCAGUGUUCUUCACGUUAAUACCCUUCAUCCAGACACUCUUCUACGACAUAGGAAGAUAACUUCAAUAACAUUUGAUAGUGAUCGCGUUCCUCAACUACCAGAUUCUGUCAGGGAAAAAGCGGAUGUUCCAGCCUUUCUUCGACUACAGCCACUAGAUCCAAGCAUGCCUAUUGAGAUGAAUAUGGAAGUCCGAUGUCACAAAUGUGCUAGCGAACAGCCAAUUCAGGAGUCUGCAAUAGUAACAUUCUCUCGUCAUGAAGCUUCCAAGGCCGGUGAAACUUUAGAUACAAUCAAUAUGAUCUAUAUGGAUAAUUGUCCUACUCUGGACAACGCUCUUGGCUGUCCGAAGAAUGGAUCACUGGAUCACUUUAUCCUUAAUGCAAGUGCAUCCACUGGCUGGUUGGUUGAUGAAGGUAAAUUGAAAGUUUCAGGUGGUACAACAAAGAUGAAACCUUUAUUACUCUCGGUGAUAAUUUGGUGUACUGUUCUUACUAUUCUCUUGAUAUGCUUGAUAGUUGCCCUAGUACUAAGAUUCAAAAUUAGAGCCAAGAAACGCAAUGAAGAGCGUAAAAACGCCAACCUUAAUCAUCGAUGCUCAGCCACUUCUUUAAAGCACAUCAUCUGUGGAACUUCAUCGUGCGAUGAAAUUCAUAGAGCCUCUUUAUGUAACGGAGGAACAUGGAUCUAUGGAACACCUUCUCAGAAUUCCUGUGCAAAUCUUCUUUGUGAAACACGUAGUCAAUAUUCAUUUCGUCCUCCCCCUUUUCCCGGCCUUGGGUAUCCACAUCUACGUGGAAGUUUCUAUUCCACAGAUAUGCCUCCAGGCUAUCGGGCAUCAAUACCCGACUUUCUUACACUUCUUCCUAGGAAUAAAUCAUCUUUAGUGAAUGGUGACGCUUUAUUAGCAAAUGGAGAUAGGUUACUAAUGAACGGAGAUGCCGUGAAAUCGAAAGGGGACCCAGGAUUGCCACCCGUUCCCACUAGCCCUAGUUUUCGAGUUGCUGGAACGCCUUCCUACAAGAGAGCUCAUGAUGGUACUUUUAGGAUUGUACAACCCUAG